AUGGAGGAUCCUGGUCCCAGCUGUGAGUCCCUCAAGAGUGAACACUCAAAGGAAUUUAUUAUUACCUUCCAGGAUAAUGAGCCAGAAGUUGAAGAUCCAGGACCUGAGUUAAAUCCUAAGUUUCCCGAUCAACAGUGGUCUCAGACUCAGCUGGAUGCCAUAUUUAAGCAACUGGAGGAAAAGAUUGUCACCUUUGUCAGACACCAUCUUAAGCAAUUUCACCAGGGUCUGUGCACAGAAUUCAUAGAUGAAUGUCUUUCAGGAGUUUGUCAAAGCAAACUUAAGUCUCAACUGAAGCAAAGGUUCAGCUAUGUGUCUGAAGGCAUCAGUAUGGAUGGAAACCGCACGCACCUGAACCAGAUCUAUACAGAUCUCUACAUCACAGAGGGAGGGGCUGCAGGGGUCAACCAGGAACACGAGGUCAAAUACAUCGAGGCAGUGUCCAGGAAAAGAUUCACAUCUGAAACAACCAUCAAGUGUGAAGACAUCUUUAAAGAUGAAUCAAUCAGAACAAAACAGACUGGCAGUCAGGGGCCAAUCAGAACAGUGCUGACGAAGGGUGUGGCUGGCAUUGGAAAAACAGUACUUACUCAGAAGUUCAGUCUGGACUGGGCUGAAGGCCGGGCCAACCAGGACAUACAGCUGCUGUUCCCAUUCACUUUUAGAGAGCUCAAUGUGUUCACAGACACACAGUUCAGCCUGGUGGGACUGCUGCACCACUUCUUCAGUCCAUCCAAAGAUCUCUGCAGCUAUCAACAUCUCCAGGUGCUCUUCAUCUUAGACGGUCUUGACGAGUGCAGAAUUCCACUGGACUUCAGCCGAACCCGGGUCUUGACCGACCCCACAGAGUCCGCCUCAGUGCACGUGCUGCUGGUAAACCUCAUCAGGGGAAGACUACUUCCCUCCGCUCGCCUCUGGAUAACCACACGACCUGCAGCAGCCAGUCAGAUCCCUGCUGAGUGCGUCUCCAUGGUGACCGAGGUGCGAGGGUUUGCCGACCCACAGAAGGAGGAGUACUUCAGUAAAAGGUUUGGAGAUGAGAGUGAGGUUGUUAUUUCACACAUCAAGAAAUCACAAAGUCUUUACAUCAUGUGCCAAAUCCCAAUCUUCUGCUGGAUCCUCUACACAGUCCUGGAGCAUGUGUUGAAAACCAAUGAAGCUGAGCUGCCAAGAACCCUUACCCAGAUGUACAUCCACUUCCUGGUGGUGCAGGCCAAAGUGAAGAAUCUCAAGUACGAUGGCCGCUCUGAGACAGACCCUCCCUGGACUCCAGAUACAAGGGAGAUGGUGCUGUCUCUGGGGAAACUGGCUUUUGAGCAACUGCAGAAAGGAAAUUUAAUCUUCUAUGAGCAUGACCUGAGCGAGUGUGGACUGGACGCUGCAGCAGCCUCAGUGUACUCAGGAGUGUUCACACAGGUGUUUAAAAAGGAGCUAGGCUUGUACCAAGACAAGGUCUACUGCUUCAUCCACCUGAGUGUGCAGGAGUUUCUGGCUGCUCUUCACGUCCAUCAGACCUUCUUCAGCUCUGGGAAAAAUCUGCUGGAGCCCACAUAUUCCUCUGAAAGCCUUGAGCCUGAGACAGUCUUAUACAUCUCCGCUGUGAACCAGGCCUUACAGAGUCCAAGCGGUCACCUGGACCUGUUCCUGCGCUUCCUCCUGGGGUUGUCUCUGAUGAUCAAUCAGAGCCUGCUGCGCGGUCUGUUGACUCCCACAGAAAAUAGUUCACAUUCAAAUCAGAAAACCAUUGAAUACAUAAAAGAAUGCAUCAAUGAGGGUUUGUCUACUGAGAGAAGCAUAAACCUGUUCUACUGCCUGAAUGAAUUGAAUGAUCACACUCUAGUGGAACAGAUCCAAAAGACCAUAACAGAGGGACGGGUUUCUAAAUUAAGUCCAGCUCAAUGGUCUGCCCUGGUCUUCAGCUUACUCUCCUCAGACUCAGAGAUGGAGGUUUUUGAUCUGAAAAAAUACUCUGCUUCACCAACAGCUCUCCAGCACCUGCUUCCAGUCAUCAAAGCAACCAACAAAGCAAUUCUGAGCAGCUGUCUCUUGUCCUCGAGCUGCUGUGGUCGUCUAUCCUCAGUGCUCUGCUCAGAGUUUUCCAAUCUGACACAUCUGGAUCUCAGUGACAAUGACCUCGAGGACUCAGGAGUAGAACAACUGUGUUCAGGGCUAAAGAGCACCUCCUGCAAACUGAAGACUCUUUGCUGCUGUGGUCCUCUGUCUUCAGUGCUUUGCUCAAAAUUUUCCAGACUGACACAUCUGGAUCUAAGUUACAAUGACCUCAAGGACUUAGGAGUGGAGCUGCUUUGUUCUGGACUGAAGAGCACUCAAUGCAGAAUGACGAUACUCAGCUUGAAUGCUUGCAAGCUGUCCCAGAGCUGCUGUGGUUCCCUGUCCUCAGUCCUCCAGUCCUCCAGUCUGACACACUUAGAGCUCAGUUACAACAACCUGAAGGACGCAGGAGUGGAGCUGCUGUGUUCUGGACUGAAGAGCGCCCCCUACAAACUGAAGAUCCUCAGGGUGGGUUUUUGUAACCUGUCCAAAGACAGCUGUGGUGCUCUCUCCACUCUCCUCAGCUCCUCCAGUCUGACACAUCUGGAUCUCAGUGACAAUCACCUCCAGGACUCAGGAGUAGAACAGUUGUGUUCAGGACUAAAGAGCGCCACCUGCAGACUGAAGACACUCAGCCUGUCUGGAUGUCUGGUAACAGAAAGGGGCGGGGCUGCUCUGGCCUCAGCUCUCGGCUCCUCCCACUCUCGUCUGGCAGAGUUAGACCUGAGCUACAACCAUCCAGGACCGUCAAAGCAGCUGCUGACUCAACUACGAUUAGACACCCACUUUCCCCUGGAAACUCUAAGGCUGAAUCCCUCUGGUGCCCAGUGGUUAACUCCUGGUCUGAGAAAGUACUUGUGUGACCUGAGUCUGGAUGUGAACACCGCUCACAGAGCUCUGCACCUGUCUAAGGACCAGAGAACAGUGACACAUGUGGAGGAGGAGCUGCACUAUCCAGAUCACCAAAAACGCUUCGACUCCAGGCCCCAGGUCCUUAGCUACACUGAGCUGACUCAACGGAGCUACUGGGAGGUACUGUGGGAGGGCUGUGAAGAGGACCAGCCUGGAUGGGUGGAUAUUUCUGUCUGUUACAAAACUCUGAAACGAAAAGGAAAAGGUAAAGAGUGUCUGUUUGGACUAAACCAUGAGUCCUGGACUCUACGUGUGUUCAAGGGACAGUACGUUUUCUGCCACAAUGGGAGAGAGUUUUUUGUAACCUCUUCAUCCUCACAUUGUGUGGCUGUGUACCUGGACCCAAAGGCUGGAUUUCUGGCCUUCUAUGAAGUCUCCCCUGAUGGUUCUCCACACAUUCUGCACUGUUUGAACGCCACCUUCACAGAGACUCUUGUGGCUGGGUUUGGGUCCUACCACAGUUCACUCAGCCUCAUCUGAAGCUUGCUCCGCAAAUUCAACAUCUACAACACAACUACAGACACAUAACAAGAAGUAUUGUACAUAUUUAUUUUAACCAUUUCUCCUUUGGACAUUGGAGAGAUGGGGAACAAAACAUUGAAACAAAAAUUUGUA